GGAGGAGAUAUUUUGCGGCUCAUCAGAGGCUGAGAAGAUCAAGGACAGGUUGACAUGAGGGGAGACGCUCCACACGGAGGCAUGAGGACCACAUGUCUGUUGGCUGCCGCUCUCUUGCUGCUGUCGUUCAUCUCUCUGGUUUCCAGCGCUGAUUCACCAAGUUCAGGAAAUUCAGACUUGAGAGAGAGCUCAAAAUCCAAAGUGAAGACUUACUGGACCGAGAGCAGCAAGGCCUUCUCCAUCAGUCGUCUCCUGUCCCAGUCCCUUUACGGCAAAGAGAACUUCACCUCUCUGGAUCUGAACUAUGAUGAGGCGGACCCGUUCUCUAAACAGGAGCAGUGGCUUUACAACGCCUCAAACCCCCGCGACCCUCGAUCCAGGACGAAAAGGAGGCCCAUCGUCAAGACUGGCAAGUUCAAGAAGAUGUUCGGUUGGGGCGACUUCCAUUCCAACAUCAAGACGGUGAAGCUGAACCUUCUCAUCACCGGCAAAAUCGUGGAUCACGGAAACGGGACCUUUAGCGUCUACUUCCGCCACAACUCGACUGGUCAGGGCAAUGUAUCCGUGGGCCUCGUUCCGCCGACCAAAGCUGUGGAGUUCCAGGUCCACCAGCCGCACCAGCAGUACCACCACCAUCACCAGCAGCAGCAGCAGCAACAGCAGACGGCUCUGGAGACCAAGGACACCAAGCUGUUCAACUGCAGGGUGGAGUACGAGAAGGUGGAGAAGGGCACCAGGAACUCACUGUGUGCCCACGACCCCUCCCAGAGCUGCCCCCAGGAGCAGACCCAGAGUCACGUGUCCUGGCUGUGCUCCAAGCCCUUCAAAGUCAUCUGCAUCUUCAUCACCUUCUACAGCACCGACUACAAGCUGGUGCAGAAAGUGUGUCCAGAUUACAACUACCACAGUGACACCCCUUACCUCCCCACCGGGUGAUCACCUGACUGGAUGACGGGAAGAAAAAAGAAAAAAAAAAAAAAGAUGCAGAGACAGGCCGUUGCGCCCUGAGCGACGUCAAAUUAUUUGAAUGAAAAUGGAGUCCAAACACUUGAAACUUGAGAUGUUGACAGGCAUUAUUACAGCUAACAUAUCCUUGUCGCAAGACUGAUAUUGCUCCAAUGAACAGACCUACCCCAAGGUCAUUAUGAGAGCAUUUAGGGAAGCAUUUAUAGGCUUGCAAUACUCAUAUUAUAUGCAUAGCUGCUUACAUUGAAAGGAAAUUCUCAAGCCAACUAUAAAAAUAUGCUGAUUGUAUUUAUGUAAAUAUUGUGGAUUCCACACAAAGACCAGAAAACAAUUUUAUUAAUGUUUUCUCCUGCUAAUUUAGUUGUUUAUGUCGAUAAUGUAUUUCCGUCUCAAUCAUGCUUUCUGUCUUUUCCAAUCAGUCUCUGGUAAUCAUUGCAAACACGUAAAUGUCAAUGCAAAUAAGAAGAAUCUGUCAGUAUGCAUUAGAGGGCAUAAUGGGAAAAAGCAAACAUAUUUUGAAUGGUGUUGUUUUCUGCAGUGCGAUUGUUAGAGUCAAUAUACCUCUCUGAUAUUGUUGUUGGAAUCUCGUCCAUGUCCAUGCAUGAACCGAAUGUGGUAAACAACUGAAAAACAUCCAUCUAUAUUUUCAUGUUAUUGCAGCUGUCAGAAAUAAUCUUCACUGAGUCAUGAUUGUUACAGGAGAAAAAGAGGAAGAAGAAGAAGAAAAAAAAACAAAAAAAAACAACUUCUAUUUUAAUUCUGCGUUAUGUGUUUAGCGGUUUUAAGGGCAUAGAUGGCGCACGGAAAAAAAAGACACCAAUGGAGGGCUCCCGUCAAAUCAGACAAAAGCAAGUAAAUGUUGCAAUAAAUAAAUAAAACUUGCAGAAGACACACAAGAUGACAGGGAUACAGAAGAUCAUUUUCUGCACUGCUUUAAAAAAAAAAAAAAAACAUAACUGUGCCCUAAUUCUGCUGUGUUCUCAGUCCUGCAUUUCCAUUUUAGACACUUAAGACGUGGCUCUUAUGUUUGUGACAUAAAACAAGUCCGGUAUAAUAAAUUUCAUCUUCUGUAUCACUAACAUGACAAGCAACCUGUUGUUAGGAGUGUCAGAGCCACAGUGCCCCCGCAGUAUCCAAAAAUAUCUGUACACAGUAGGGUUUAGCAUCUAUAUAGAAAAAAAAAAAAACAAGUGUCUGAAAGUGUUUAAAAAUAGAUAUUAGAACAAGCUGAAGAGGAAAACAUGGAGGUGUUAGAGAAGAUAAUAUGAAGUUCAUUUAACAAAGGUUGAAACAGAACAGAUAUUGUGUUAAAAUGUGAGAUGUGGUAAAAAAAAAAAAAGAUAAAAAAAGAAAAAGUGGUUUCUUGCUGCAGAGGAGACAGAGGAGACAUACAUUAAACAGCAGGUGCUAAUCACACAUUCCACCUAUCAAACGUUUGCACCACUGGUUAUCAAAAAGGCAAAUUCUAGAUGAGACUAACGCUGGCUGUUAAUGAUAUUGGAUGUUCCAAUUGGCUAUUAAACCUUCAUUACAUAAAUUGGGAGCCAGUGGCUCCACGUGAAGCAUUAAGAGAAAAUGAACACAGUGUAAGUGGGAGCUCUGCAGAGUCAACAUCAGAGAAAGAACAAAUUAAAGUGCCGAUAGAAAACCUGUAAAAAAGUACAAAUGUGCACCUAGGGGCGCAAUCACUGCUGUCUAUUUAAAUUCAGUGCUCUUUCAUAGUGUACACUAUGGUAUACGCAACACAGUAACUGCUAAUCGCAGCCUGGACGGCGUCCAAUAUGCCAACAUGGGGUGUAUUUUUCUGACAAGGCAGGCCAAAGAAUAGGGGGUCUGCCUGUGGGAUGAGUGAGCAUAAAGAGGAAUUUAUGAUGUGGAGGAACAAGGCUGGCAGAAAUCACUGGAAGCACCUGACUCGUAAAUUGAGAGCAUGUUUCUGUCACCGAGAAGAAGGAAUGACUAAUGUCUCAGAUUGCUGUUUGGGCCAGUUCUUUCAUCUCAAUAAAGUGACUCUGAUAUCUCUCCACCCCUACCCAAAAUGUGCCAGGGACAGUUUGUUCAGCUUCAAAGAAUUAAAAGGCAGCACUUUGCCGAGACAAUGCGACCUCAUUAUGCACAUAAUCUUACAAGUGUAAACAGUCUGGCACAAAAAAAAAGUGUUUGGUGUGAAAGCUGCUGAGAGAUGGAUCUGUUCCCUGACUGAUGUCGUCUGAGGGUAAAUACAAUAUACGUGUUGUGUUUAAGGCGGAAUUAUUAAUGACAAUAAUAAUAAUAAUGACAAAAUUAACUGUGUGUGAUGUACGAGGUGUCGACGAACGCAGAGAAUCGUUGACCGACUUGUGUGUCUUUCAGCUUUUUGUUCUGAUUUUAGGGUCUGCACUGUUUUUAUUUUGGUUUACCCUCGCUGCCCUGAGCGUCACCUCCAGUGGCAGAAAAGCUCUAAAAAAACGACAGACGGAGACAGAUUGACUAGCUGGUGAACACAGUGAAGCAUUUAGUAGCUAAAGAGCCAAAUAUUUUUUCUCAGGAGUUGCUGGAGAUCAAAAGGGAGUAAACAUUGGACUCACAUUAUGUAAGUCCAAUAUUUUCUCCAAAAAAACAACUCCAAAUGUUGCUGAAGUAGAAAUGUAGUGUAGUGAUCAACUUUAUAAAAAGGUGAAAAUAUGUCAAUGUUGUGUUCACAGCUUGUUCUGUUGCCUCCAAGUUGUUAAACAAAUCAAUUAAUGCAGGUUUAAGAUGAAAAAUGAGCAUUUUUUGUUUGAUAGUCAUUGCAAAUAUCAAGCUGUUUUACGUCUGUGUUUAAUAACUUUACUGAUUUAAAACAAAUCUUAGCACCUGGAGAUAUUAAUAAGUUUGAUUUAAUUGUUUGGUCGGGUGUUAAGAGAGUAUUAAAACACCUGCAAUCAUUUUGGGAGUGACAGCAGCUUCCAAUUUUUGUAUUUUGCCUUUUAGCGGUAGGGCUAACCUUUUGUUAACUAUCAGAUCGACUCAGUGAAGUGAUUAAACGGAGAGGAAAGUAAGGAAGAAAAGUAGCGUCGUAUAAUUAAAAACCAUCUCACGUAGGAAAUAGAGCUUUUCAGAAAUUUAAUUCAAACCAAUCUCAAAUAUCUAAUAACUUAAAUUUCUUGGAGACUAAUUUGCACAAUUGUGAAAAGGUCAGAUUCAUAAAAACUCUGCUUCAAAAACCAACAUUUCUUAAAAUUAUGUUAAUUUCAAAGCACAGAUUUUUACCCGGCAGCAAGAAAAACUGGGUGUUUCCUUGGAGAAACUGUCCGUUUAUGGAGCUCUAUGUGUGUAUGAAUGAAACCGACAGUAUUACAACCCGCCAGCGUUUGGGCGUCUAAGUUAUCUUUGGGCCCAGAUCUUCUCCCUCGGUUCAGUUGUCCUGGGCCGGAGCCAUCCAUGCCUGCCGUCUAUCCCCAACUCGCCCACAAUCCCUGAUUAAUGUGGUCUGGGCGGGAGCUGUCAGAAAUGGCAGAGAGAAUCAUGGGAUUUCUCCUUCAGAGUCCCAAUGACACCCAGCAGCUGCAGGAGUAAACAGAUGACUAACCACUGGCCUUUUGGCAGCCUGUGGAGAUUCACACGGAGGGAGGGCUGCGAACAUUGCUUUGACAUUUAGGUGGAUUAGAAAGUUCUUGGGUUCUGCUCUCGUGGUGUCAGAGGUGGUUGGCAUAGUAAUUAUUUGCAUCUUGGUUUUCUUCCGCUUGACCCCCAACCGCAGUAAAAAAAUGUAGAGCUUCGUUCCCCCCCCCCCACUUACAGAUGUUUGUUCAAAAGCUCAGUUUAAAAAGUGUAAAAGAUCCUUAUGUGCUUCAUUUAUAAGCAAAUCACAUUUUGUUAGCGCUAUCGCAGAACAAAUAAUAGACGUCUUCUUAAAAAAAAAAACAACCAAUUGUCAUUUCUGAUCAUGUCCUGCUGCAGAAUUCAUUUCAAAUCUGGGGCCGACGCUGUCCUGGGGCAC